AUGCCCCAAGAGACUGGGAAGACUUUGCCUCACUCCAAACAAGUUGGGAAUUACCUAGUAGGGAAAAUGAUCAACAAGGGCUCCUUUGCCAAGGUGAUGGAGGGGCUGCACAUCCCCAUGGGGGAGAAGGUAGCCAUAAAAGUCAUUGACAAGAGAAAAGCCAAGCAGGAUUCUUACUUUUUAAAAAAUAUGAAGCGCGAGCCAUGGGUACACCAGAUGAUUAAGCAACCUAAUGUUGUUCGGCUAUACGAGACCUUGGAGACUGACAACUCCUGUUACAUGGUGAUGGAGGUGUGCCUCGGCGGGGACCUCCUGGACAGAAUUUGUGACAAAAAGAGGCUGGCGGAAAGGGAAGUAAGGAGAUACACCAGGCAAAUUCUGUCUGCAGUAGAGCACCUGCAUUGCCAGGGGAUUGUUCACAGGGACCUAAAAAUUGAAAAUUUUGUUCUUGUCAAGAACGACAACAUCAAAAUCGUUGAUUUCGGACUGAGCAAUACUGCCAGGUUUGAGGGUUUCUCUCAGGAGCUGUUACAUACCCAGUGUGGAAGCCCAGCUUAUGCUGCCCCAGAACUCCUUGCUCAUAGGAAAUAUGGUCCAAAGGUGGAUGUCUGGUUCAUAAGUGUAAGCAUGUUUGCUGUGCUAACCUGCACAUUACCCUUCCCAGUGGAACCUUUUAAUAUCAAGCAACUACAUCAAAAGAUGUUAACUGGAGAAAUCAGCCCUAUUCUAUCAGAUAUCUCCCCUGGAGCUGUACACUUCAUUCAGUGCUUGCUGGAACCUGACCCUGCUAAGAGGCCUGGAGUCAAAGAAGCAAUAAAAGACAAAUGGUUGAACGAAGGCUUCACCAGGAAAAUACUGAAUGCUGCUACCUAUGAGAACAGACUUUGCCCCAGUGAACUGAAUCCCGUUGUUUUAAACUACAUGACAGAAAUAAUGGAGUUCAGUCUUUCUGAAGUUAUCAACAUUUUAAUAAAUAACAGACCCUCUCCUGCCAUGGCCUCUUAUUGCUUAUUGCUGAAGAAACUGCUCAGGUACCAGAAAGACCGCAAAAGAGCCCAGGUAAGAAAUCAUGCUCAUGACAGGCAUAAAUCCAUGCCACUGGAUUCUUGUGAUGAACACCGGAACAGCCACACAGCACAUGUGAAAAAGGUGGUUGUCCAUGGAACGGAGUGGGAAAAUGAAGUAGAAAGACACAAUAUCAAUCCUGAUAAAUAUUGGAAUAAGGAGUCAGAAAUUCAGAUUUCCCAGAAGGCUGAAAUGGACACUCUGGAAGACCUCAGGAAUUAUGGCAAUAGGGCAUUUCCUUCUGUAGGAAUGCCAGAUGCUAUUCAAGAAGAUGAGAUUGCAAUUACAUUGGAAAACCAAGAAAACUUCCCAGAAGGUGCUUUUCCGAAAAAGUCUUGGCCUCUUAGUCUGAAAGGAUACUAG